AUGGAGUGGAUCGUGCAGCAGUCGCUCGGCCUACCCCCACACCGCACAGUGAUCUUUGACGUGGGCGGCGUGCAGCCGAGCCACCGCAUGCACGCGGCGUGGAAGGAUGGCGAUCACCGCAAGUUCCCGCCACCGUUCGGCUUCAAGGCGGCGCAGCCGAGCCACAUGACCGUCCAGAUCUGUAUCUUCGACGGCCCCGACGGCUCGAAUACCAUCAUCAAGCACUGCAUCGUCCAUAACGAGACGAAGCCUGCCAUCUUCGCCAGCAUGGCGUUCGGCAGCGUCAAGAAGCUCUGCUUCCAGCGCCCCAAGGUGGGGGCCAAGGUAUGGCGGUGCGCCUUUGAGCGCUUUGGCGGGAAGCAGCUUCGCGCGUUUUUCUGGUUGCCAGACAUCAAGACGAAUGCCGAGGUGAAGGAGUUCUACGAGUUGCCGGACGACGCCAUCAACGCUGGCUCCGAGUACUUCCUGAAGAACGCGCCCCGCUGCACGGCCGACCUCAAGCAGUUGAUCGGGCAGACGAAGGCGCUGCGCAACGGCGCCCCCCUCCACGGCUGGCCCAUUGCCUUGGUGGCGACGGCGCUGAGCGGGCUCGCAGCGGAGGGUUCGCUCUCGGAGGAGGAGACUGAGUGGCACAUCACCCUGGCGGAGGAACACUUCAAGCCGUGGGUGCUCAACGUCAUGACAGAAAUCAUGAACCCGCUCGGGUCCCUCGUGCUCAUUGGCCAGCCGAAUUUCGGAAAGACGCCCCCGGGGUGGUCGCGCCUCUUCGCGCGCUGCCGCCGCGACGCCCGCGCCCACGAUUUGGGCCCCGAAUCCGCGUGCGUCCGCGUGGCGCCCGAGAUCGACUUCCUCCGCGGGAAGCCUGGUUCUCUCACCAUGGGCGACUUCUUGGAUGAUGGUUCCCUCAACCAGUUGCCGUCGACAAUGGUGGAGGCCUUGCUGGGCGUCGGCCAGUUCGAGCCCACGCGCUGGGCGCGGUGGGGGGCGACCAAGUGGGCGAAGGGCGAGCCGCGCGCCACUGCCGACCAGGUGCACGACCCCGUGGCAGUGGAGAACGACUGCUGGCCGUCCGUCGAGUUCCAGGAUUUCUUCGCCCCCUUCAGGCCAGUCUUUCACGAGAAGGAUCAGACCUUUGUGGAGAACGCCUUCGGGGCCAGAGCCACGGCGACGGCCGCUCCGACGCGCGCGCAGACCGCCGCGAAGGAAGAGCCCCAGUCUCCAGAGACACGGAGGUUCAAGAGUUUGGCUGCCUUGUUUGGCACGGUCGACAUCGACGACUCCCCGUCCCCAGCGAAGCGGCAGGCCACUGGGGCGCCCUCGGCAUCUGCGGCUGCUGCCCCAGCCCGCGGCGAGCUGGAGUUAAAUCUCUCGCAGGCCCCGCCGCAGAUCGUCGGGCGGCGGGCGCAGCCGGAGGCCUCGAUUGAGACCAGCAGUCUGGAGGGCGGCGGCCUCGGGCAGGCCCCGCCGCAGCUCCUCGGCCUGCGGGUGCAGCCGGAGGCCGCGAUCGAGACCAGCAGCCCGGAGGCCGCGCCGCCGCCCCGGGGCCCGCGCGCGGAGGCCGCGCUCGGUGGCCACGCGCCGGCCGCGCCGCCGCCGGCGAGGCUGCCGUGGGCGGAGGUGGACGGCGAGGGCGACAGCGAACCGGACGCGCACGAGGACGUUCGCCAUCGCCUCACCGCCUGGUUGGCACUGCUUGCCCUGGCGCUGCUGGCGCUCGGCGGGCCCGCGGCCAACUACCUGGUCCGCUCGCGCCCAUGCUGUAGGAGCGACGAUGGCAGCAGCAGCGGCCGCGAGGAUUGGGCCAACUAUUGGCCGCUGUACGCGGUGAGCGCGCCCGCGUCCCUGGCCUUCGCGGCGUGGUGCGUCGCCGUGCGAGGGCGCUACCGCCCCGUGCCGCUGCACGCGUGGACGUGGCGCUUCGGGGCCGCCGGCGCCGUCCAUGUGGCCGGCCUGGUCGCCCACUCCUUGUUGGACCCCGGGUGCUACGGCGGCGCAGCGAGUGCGGCGUGGCUGAGCGCGUGCAGGGGGGUGUACGGCUCAGCCUACUUCGCGAGCGUUGUGCGAAUGAAUACCCUACCACCUGCUCGUGCUGAAGCUGCGCGCGCUGGGAGCCCACCGCCAGGCGCGGGCGGCGCGGGCCGCGAUCCUGGCGGGCGCGGCGGCCAUCUCCGCAUUCGUCGUGGCGUGGUGUGGGGGCGCGACCCUCGGAUUCUCUGGCUGGGAGGGCGGGCCAGUGCUGGCGGUGCUGGCUUGGGUGCGUGGCAUAGGCAUGCUGGGGGCCAUGCUCGCCACCGUGGCGACGACCUGCUGCGGGGCGUGGGGCCUGCUAGACGCCGCGCGUGCCGUGCGCUCCAGCCCCGAGGGGGGGGGGGGGUGGCGCGGGCGGCUCUAUGGGUGCGCUGGACAGCUGUGCUCGUCGUGGCAUCCCUCCUGCUGUCAUUCGUGGAAGCGAUCCUCUUUUACGGAGUUCUCACUGGGGCUGCCGAUGACCUUUACCUUUUGGUUCACGCCCGUGCUUGGGCCGGCGUCGUGAACAACGCCUUCAACUGCGUGCAGGUGGCUUUCCUCUCUGGCCUGGUCGGGCCGCGGUGGCUGCGGCGGCUGGCGGUGGAGGCCUUCAAAAGCAUCAACUCCUUCAACGCGGAGGAGCUGCAGCGGUGCUACGGGGAGUUCCUUGCGUACCUUGAUGAAGCCAAGAUCCAAUGGGUUCGAUGCCGCUACCUGAGGCAGAUGGCCAGCACGGGUUCCACUCUGGUGCGCUGCCAGGCUGUGCCCACUGCCGAGGCGGUCGUCGGCAGGGAAGGCCUGCCGAGUUCCAGGGACGAUCCCAAGCACAGGUACGUCGUGUCGCACCCAUGGCUCUCGAAGGCUCACCCAGACCCCAGCGGGGAGACGCUGCGAGCUUUGGUUGAUCAGCUGGAUCUCCUGGGCGCCUCUGACGACGAUGCCGUUUUCAUGGAUUACACGGGGCUGCCCCAGCACGACGGCCAGGAUCUGGACUUGCAGCGCCUGGAGCGCGAGAGGAGAUGGCCAAAGCCUGGGGAGCAUCCAGCGGUCCGCGACCAGGGCGAGGAACUGCGGUUCAAGAGGGCGCUCGACUCGAUGGAAAUGCUCUACAGCAUUGGGGGCAUUCCCGUGAUAGUCCUGCCCAUGGGCAGCGACACUGCGGAGGGCAGAGGCUAUUUUUCUCGAGGGUGGUGCUUUCUUGAAUUCUGUAUAGCCUUUAGUUUUUGUAAUAUCGCCAACGCGGAGGUCCACCCGAGUGUCAAGAGUUUGUGCGACACGGCUAAGGUGCUGAAAUUCGACACCGUGGAAGGUUUUCGCAAGGCGUUCAAGCAAAGGCACUUCACUCUUCACGGGGACAGGCAAGUUGUCCUGAGGCUGUUUAGGCAGACCGUGAAGAAGAGCCGCAGCACUGCAAACCGGCCGAACCGCGGGACCUCGUGGAUGGAAUGA